UGCAAUCAGCUUUUCUCCUGUAAUCCCCGUGAACCGAACGAGUCAGUCGGAUAACAUCUUCCGGUGGCUGCAUAGAGAAUACAUAGGCUUGAUGGGAUAUGUAAUCAUUUCUUGUAGGUAAUUUACCUUAUCCAUGAAAACAAUCUCCAAUUGGACUUCGCUCUCUUCCUUUCUUCCCACUGGCAAUGGGCUGUGAGACUUCGUGGCUGAGCAGCGCCCAUCUGCCGCUGGCCGCGUUGGCUCUUCGCCGCCCUUACAGACGUUGGCGCUUGCCGGUCUGCAGCGCUGGAGAAACCCCGUACGCGCCAGUGCCCAAGGAUCGUCGCUGGUAUAAUCCCGAGAGGAGGAGAAGGUUGUACAACUUGAAGCCCGUACGCCGCUGGAUCGAAGCCGAGGACUUAUCACUGUCCGAUUCCACCGAUUCCAGAAAUGACAGAUUUGUGCUUGUAUCAUAUAACAUAUUGGCAGAUAAGAAUGCUUCACAUCACAGAGACCUUUAUUGGAAGAUUCCUUUUGAUGUUAUGAAAUGGGACUCGAGGAAAGGGCUCAUUUUCCAGGAAAUUUGCAGAUGGAAUGCUGAUAUAGUGUGUCUUCAGAUUGCCUCGUUUCUGGUAUUUCAGGAAGUAGAUAGAUACGAGGAUAUCUUGAUGAAUAUGAAGAAAAAAGGAUAUGCUGGUAGUUAUAAGGGACGCACAGGGCUGGCCAAGGAUGGAUGUGCAAUAUUCUGGAAAGUAAAGCGGUUUCGCUUACUUGAGGAAGACUACAUCGAGUUCAGUGCCUUUGGUCUUCGUGAUAAUGUUGCUCAGCUAUUUGUAUUUGAGAAGCGUGAAGCUGAUCCAAGGAGAUUAGUGGUUGGCAACAUCCAUGUGCUUUUCAAUCCAAAACGUGGAGAUAUUAAGUUGGGUCAGGUUCGAUUACUGUUGUCAAAGGUCAAUGCUCUUUCAGAAAAAUGGGAUAACAUUCCUGUUGUGCUUGCUGGUGAUUUUAACAGCACCCCUGAAAGUGCAAUAUAUGAAUUCUUGUCAACCUCAGAGCUAGAUAUUGCUGCACAUGAUAGAAGAUAUAUAUUUGGACAAGAUAGAUGUGAGUUUGCUCUAUAUGAUCUGCCUAGCUUUCUAAAGUUUCAUUGGACUGAUGAGGAGUUGAAAAAUGCGACUGGGCAAUCAAAAUGUACAAAACUUGAGCAUCCGUUGAAGCUGCAUAGCGCUUAUGCUAGUGUUAAAGGUAAUGCAAGGACAAGGGGUCGUCAUGGCGAACCGCUAGCUACCACCUAUCACUCUAAAUUUCUUGGAACGGUUGACUAUAUUUGGUACUCAACUGGACUUGCAUGUACGCGGGUUUUAGACACUAUUUCCAUUGACAUAUUACGAAAGCUAGGCGGUCUGCCAAGUAAGGAGAUGGGAAGCGACCACAUAGCCCUGUUGUCCGAGUUCAUCUUCAAAGAAUGCAGGGACUUAGAAUUACAAGGCCCAGCCAACAGUUCAACAGAGGAAGACACAACUCACUGAAAUGAUUACUUUGAGCUGAUACAAGGUUCUGAGUUUUUAACUUCGGAUAGGAUAAAAAUUUAAGGGAAAAAGGAAAGUUGGAGAACAGAAGCCCAACCAAGUUGAGCUUGUAUCAGAUUAAACACCACUGAUAUAUUUAUGCAUCUGGAGGUGCUGUUGUGGUUGAAUCCUUCUGAGUGUCAUGAGACAUUACUCCAUAGUGCUGUAGUUCCGGUAACCAGGGCCAUAUCUGUUGCUCAUGAUGCCAGCAUGUAGCAGGAUCAGGUAAAGCAGCGGUGUGAAUGUCAAAAUAAUGAUAAAUGCCUCCAAAGUCCUCUGCAACAUUUAAACACAAUACAUGUUUGAGAACAAUUUUAAUCCAUGCUUUAUGAAUGAUUGGAGUACUUAAAAGUACCAGACGUCUCCCUCGAUUUCCCAAAUUGAUAUGCUUGCAUGCAAGACUGCAGAACCCGAAGAGAAAAAAAUUGUGACCUUGUCAGUUAAUGGUAAUAAUCAUCUCGGCUUUAGUCAACAUGUAAAAAAAAUAACAAAUUGUGGAAACUCAAUUGUGGAGAUGGGAUAGGUUUUGGUUUUGUCUCUAUGACUGAUAUUUCAGAAAGAUGCGUUUUUAUCUGUGAA